CGAGCCUGGAUUCGAGAAGGUGCGACGGGCCUGCCCUCUCUUGCCCUCCAUGUCCAUCCCACCACAACACACCCUCCUCCCUCUACACCGCUUCUCUUCGCCCACAUACACCUCUCCCUUCCCGCCUGCUCUUCGCCUGCCAUUGUCCUACUUCCUUCCAUCGUCUCGACGACUCUUCCUGCUACCCUCGAAUCCACACCCGGUCAUCCAUCGCUCCUUCCUGCGACGGCUCGGCGUCGGCAGUCAUCAGUCAUACAUUCCUUAUCGUUUCACCGGGCGACACCAUUGGAGGCGUGACACCGACCACACUCCCACCUUCCUCAACACCUUCCACCCUCCCCUACGACUCUUGGCCACUGUAUUUCUCGUCCACCUCCUCAAUUCCGCCAGCUGUUCAAGGGGUGCGACGACAUCAGCGGAGCUCUCGCAAUCCCGAGGAUCCGUGCUUUCGUCAUCGGUCACCAGGCUUCGCAAGCUCGCUUAUUCGGACAAAACAACACCGCAACCUCACCACUCGUCCGUCUCUCCCGCAACGACAACGCCUCUCGGGAAAACAGGUGGUCUUUGAUGCCCAAUGAGACACACACACGCUGCUUUCCUCCCCAGGCACUGACUCUAGGCGCCAACGCCUCUACAGUCAUCCUUCUCCGACUCAUCCGCCUCCAUCCCUCAUAACCCCCCUUUCCUCCAUAUACCUUGGACAUACCCCUCUCACGUGCACGAUCACCUCUUCUAUCACGCCCCUUACGACUCUCCAUCACCUUACCCUUACGACCCUCUGUACGACUCCCGCCAUCCUCAACACCAUACGAUCGAUCCGUCCGGAACACUCAAGAGCCCGGCCUGAUCACAACCUACCCUGCACCUUCCUUCUCUGUGGACCCCAACCUGCACAUCUCUUCCUAUGAGAUAGCCACAAUCAUUA